CGGCGUGGCGUGGAUUGGUUAGUUAAUGUUUGGGGGUGGGGGCGGAGGUUCGACGGAGGAACCGGCGACGGCGGAGGAGGAGGAGGAGGGAGAGAGGGAAAGGGAAAGUGGGGGAGAUGUCAGAGGAGAUCACGAGGGAGAGUGGAGUUAUUUUAGUGGUGGUGGUGGUGGUGGAGAGAAGUCUCUGAGCAGCGGCAUAAAUGGUUACGAAUUGGAUUCCUGAGGAGACGGUAUUUCUUUGCGUUUGGUUUCUACUAGCUUAGCUGAAUGUGGACGAUGUCAACACAAAGGAAAGCCAACCUGACGGAAGAAGAAUCAUCAAUUCAUCAUCACUGCCGCAGGUCCUAGCACGUGUGGAAGGGUCGAGGACGAGUUUCGGG